AUGACCAAUGAAGAGCUACUCCAAAAGCUCAUGACUGAAAUAGGGACCAAACUAAAUGCUAGAAUAGAUAAGCAGGAUGAGAACAUCAGAAACAUCCAAAUGUCCCAAAUGAGUUUAAAGAAACAAGUUGCGCAAGUAGCUAAUUUUCUGAACUUUCGUCCCCAAGGUAGGCUGCUCAGUGAUACUGAACCCAACCCAAAGCAACUGCAUGCAGUAAGUACUAGAAGUGGGUUACAAUUAGAGGAACAAGCUCCAAAGAAGAGAGAUACUGAGGCAAGUACCAAAGAAAAGAAAGUGGAAGAGGUAGUAAAAAGCUCCAAUGUUAAGGUUCAUAUUAAUUUGCCUUUGGUUGACAUUUUGCAAGGUAUCCUGAAGUAUGUUAAAUACAUAAAGGACAUUGUGGCUAGCAAGAGGAGGUUCACAGAGUAUGAAACUGUAGCACUUACUGAUGAGUGCAGCUAUAGAAUUCAAAAUAGACUACCCAAAAAGUUAAAAGAUCCGGGUAGUUUUACUGUGCAGAUUACAAUUGGGCAAAGUGUCCAUGCCCGCGGGUUGUGUGAUUUGGGGGCAAGUAUAAAUCUGAUGCCCUUACCAUUGUAUCAAAAGCUUAGAUUGGGUAGUCCAAAACGAACCACUGUUAUUCUCCAACUCGCUGAUAGAACCAUUGCUAGGCCAGAGAGGGUGGUAGAAGAUGUGUUCGUGCAAGUAGGUUCCUUGAUUUUUCCGAUGGAUUUUGUGGUCUUAGAUUUUGAAUCCGAUUCUGAAGUUCCAUUUAUUUUGGGACGUCCGUUCUUGGCCACGAGUAGGGCAUUGAUUGAUGUAGCAGUUGGUCAAUUAACUAUGAGGGCACAUGAUUAG